CUCCCGCGCGAGGCGCGGCGCGGCGCGGCGCGGCUCCCAGACUUCACCCCACCCAGCUCUGGCGGCCUAAGCAGCCGCAGGAAACUGCCCCAGUCUGGGGAGGGGGGCGGGAAUGCAAGACCAGGACUCCUGGCUGGCCUGCAAGCUUUGGUCUCGACAGCUAGGAAACUCCUGCGGGCCGAUUCUGCAGAUCGAGGAGCUCCCGGGUUAGGAGACUCAGCCCCGAGCAAUUGGGGUAAGAGACCCUACCUGGCUGAUGCUCCUUCCUCAAACAAUACAACGCCCUCCAGCACUAGACGCCUAGGUGGGAUUCCGAGUGGAGCGGGGGCUCGGCGGGCCAGUCCUUAGCAACCCGGGGCUAAGACGGGGCGUGGAGAGGAGCAGGCUGGGACGCGGCGGCAGCGCCUGGCGCACUGGAAGUGCAGAGAACGCGCUCGCCUGCCUAGGCUGCCGCGCCCUUGACCUCGAGUUUCAGCAGGAAUCUGGGUGGAGGAAUAAUUGAGGAGCCCACGGAACUGACUAGCAACCGGGAGACAAGACUGGUCUCCGCGGUCCUGCAGCCCUUUCCUUCGUUUGCUCCAUGCCCAAGAGCUGCGCUCCAGAGCAGUGGCGAGGAGAGACAUGGAAGAAACCGGCACACGGUGCGCCCCGCCGCCGCCCGCGGGCUCCCAGACCGGGGUUCCUCAAGCCAAUCUCUCUUCUGCUCCCCACAACUGCAGCGCCGAGGGCUACAUUUACCAGGACUCCAUCGCCCUGCCCUGGAAAGUACUACUGGUCAUGCUGCUGGCACUCAUCACCUUGGCCACCACGCUCUCUAAUGCUUUUGUGAUCGCCACUGUGUACCGGACCCGGAAGCUGCAUACCCCAGCCAACUACCUGAUCGCCUCCCUGGCGGUCACCGACCUGCUCGUAUCCAUCCUGGUGAUGCCCAUCAGCACCAUGUACACGGUCACCGGCCGCUGGACGCUGGGCCAGGUGGUCUGCGACUUCUGGCUGUCGUCGGACAUCACCUGUUGCACUGCUUCUAUCCUGCACCUCUGUGUCAUCGCCCUGGACCGCUACUGGGCCAUCACGGACGCCGUGGAAUACUCAGCUAAAAGGACUCCCAAGAGGGCUGCGGUCAUGAUCGCGCUGGUGUGGGUCUUCUCUAUCUCCAUCUCGCUGCCACCCUUCUUCUGGCGUCAAGCCAAAGCCGAGGAGGAGGUGUCGGACUGCGUGGUGAACACCGACCACAUCCUCUAUACCGUUUACUCCACGGUGGGCGCUUUCUACUUCCCCACCCUGCUCCUCAUCGCCCUCUACGGCCGCAUCUAUGUGGAAGCCCGCUCCCGGAUUUUGAAACAGACGCCCAACAGGACCGGCAAGCGCCUGACCCGAGCCCAGCUGAUAACCGACUCCCCCGGGUCCACGUCCUCGGUCACCUCCGUUAACUCGCGGGCUCCCGAUGUGCCCAGCGAAUCCGGGUCCCCCGUGUACGUGAACCAAGUCAAAGUGCGAGUCUCCGACGCCCUGUUAGAGAAGAAGAAACUCAUGGCCGCUAGGGAGCGCAAAGCCACUAAGACCCUGGGGAUCAUACUGGGAGCCUUUAUCGUGUGUUGGCUGCCCUUCUUCAUCAUCUCCCUAGUGAUGCCUAUUUGCAAGGAUGCUUGCUGGUUCCACCUGGCCAUCUUUGACUUUUUCACGUGGCUGGGCUAUCUCAACUCCCUUAUCAACCCCAUCAUCUAUACCAUGUCCAAUGAGGACUUCAAACAAGCAUUCCAUAAACUGAUACGCUUUAAGUGCACAGGUUGA